GGCUCAGCAGGCAGUAGCAGUGGAUCCACUGGGGCUGGAACAGCAGGAGCAGGGCGCCAGACCACGGCUCCAUCAUCCCAGGGCUCUGGCACCACUGGACCAUCUUCUGUUGUCUCUCAGACUUCAAGCCAGUCUAAGGAAGGAUCUGAAUCCACAGGCUCAUCUGUCAUAGGAUCUGAUUCCACUUCAACCUCCUUGGUGUACCCAUGGGCACCACUGGAUUCUCUUCUACCCUGCUGGGCACUACUGCUUCCUCGGUGGGCAUUGUCACAACCACAAGAGUUUUUCCUCAGGGAUCCUCUGCUGACACAGCUCCAGCAGUGUGCCGUGGUCCACUGGGAGAAGAAAAAGUGCCUGGAGACACAUGGACGGCCAACUGCCACCAGUGCACCUGCAUGGCUGCCAGGUCUGUGGACUGCAGACCCCGGGAGUGCCCCGCCCCACCCACAUGUGGAGCCGGAGAGAAGGUGGUCACCUUCUCAUCUAGUGAUACAUACCUGCUGUGA